UACACGUGUUUAUAAGAUAGACCGGCAAACGGGUUUUUACAGUACAUCAGGAACACAGGAGUGAACGGUAGAAUUCCUACGCGUUCAAACCUGUUUUGACAUCAUAAUAAUACUCUUGUACUUUUCUUGUAAACUUUGGUUGUGGGAUUUAUUGGUAUACAGAGGACGACUGAAUCAAAGAGAGGAAACAUUGCAGUAGAUUCUUGACAUAAACGCACUUUUUUUUUAUGCAGCCAAAAGAUUACAAUGAAUACUAAAGACAUUAUUAAAGAAAAGAGCAACCUGUGGGUAUUUGGAUAUGGCUCUUUAGUGUGGAAACCUGAUUUUGAAUACAAAAGUCGUGAAGUUGGCUUUAUUCAAGGAUACAAGAGACGCUUCUGGCAUGGAGAUGAUUUUUAUAGAGGGGACAAGGAAAAGCCAGGCAGAGUGGCCACAUUAGUGAAGGACUAUGAGGCUUGCACAUGGGGAGUGGCCUAUGAGAUGACUGACUCCCAAAUGGAAGAGUCCCUUCAGUAUCUGGAAAAGCGAGAGGUUGUGAUGGGGGGUUACAAAACAGAGAUUGUGGAGUUCAUCCCUAAGGAGAAGGGUCACAGUGCUCUGUUGGCCCUCGUCUACAUUGCUACUCCUGACAACCCUCUGUAUCUCGGCCCGGCCUCAGAAGAGGUGAUCGCAGCCCAGAUUGCCAUCUGCAGAGGAAACACGGGCCACAAUAUUGAAUACCUGUUCCGUCUGGCAGAGUUCAUGAGGCUUUACUGUCCCGAGGUAGAAGACGAGCACCUCUUCUCUAUUGAGGCUGCUGUUCUGAACAUUUUCCAUAACUGCAAAGGGAUCAAACCUUCAGACCAAAAGUAUUUUCUGUGAGCUACAAAAAAAGACACUCCUCAUCACAAAAGUGACUAUGUUUUUAUAUGGAAAUGAAGUCCUGCAACCUCUUUUUUACGGUAUUGGGUGCUCUAAGACAAAUCCUUGAAUGUAUUUAAAAAAUGUAACGUAUACAAACUCCAGAACAAUGUGAUGCUUUUAAAACUUAGAGAUGACUUCUUUUACACAUGAUAUAUUAGACAUUUUUGUGGUGAACGGUGCUCAGAAGCAGUUCUAUACUGUGUACAUCUAAAAAAUAUCUAUAUAUUUUAA